CCUAGAAUUAGAAUUAGAUUGUUGAAAACAAAAUCCCCAAUUCGGAUGGAAACCCUAGCCCUAAUUUUAGUCCGAUCAUCAAUCAAAUCCUCUACCAUACGUGGAGCUAUCUCCGGUCCUUCAUCUCUCUCUGCUCUCCCUGCCGUGCAGGCACUUCUUUGUGCGUGAUCCGCUAGAUGUAUGUAGCUGCAGUGCGGAAGAAGUUGUUGUCGUUUUGAGUCUGUUGGAGAUGGAGGGUGGUUCAGGAUCAGGCGCCGCGGAUUGUAGCCCCGGAUCCAUUGUGUGGGUCCGGAGGAGGAACGGCUCAUGGUGGCCCGGCAAGAUAUUGGGUCCUGAGGAGCUUUCAGAUUCUCAUCUAACUUCACCUCGUGCAGGGACUCCAGUCAAGCUCCUGGGCAGAGAAGAUGCUAGCAUAGACUGGUACAACUUGGAGAGAUCAAAGCGUGUUAAGGCCUUUCGAUGCGGAGAGUUUGAUGAUUGUAUUGAAAAAGUAGAAUCAUCUCAGGCUACUCCAACGAAAAAGCGAGAGAAGUAUGCUAGUCGAGAAGAUGCCAUUCUUCAUGCUCUUGAACUCGAGAAGGAACUAUUGAGGAAGCAAGGAAAAGUCGAUAUCGCUAAUAAACUUACUGGAAGCAAGUCAUCAGUGGCCACUGAAAGGAGUUUAGUCGUGCCUUCAGGAUUACUAGGGAAUGGAAGACAACCAACUGAUAAUCCUUUGUCAUCUCACGUCAUCAGGAGAUUUUCCAAGGAUGAGAUACCAAACGUCGCUUCAUAUUCGCAGAAGGGGAGGUACGGUAAUGAAAUCUUUCAGGAAGAUGGUCUUCUUGAAAAUGUACCUCGUAUGAGAGGAUUGCAAGAUUUUGGACUCAAAAUUGCCACUCCCAAGCGGAAGCUGCCAUCCUCAAUUACUAUGAAUGGAUUCAUGAAUCCUAGGAUGAAUGAUGCUCAUCUUGUUCGUGUAGGUGAUCUAAGCGUGGAAAACACCAGCUCUGCCGAUGGAGGUGAGGAGAUGGGAGUGAUCUGCCGAGCAAAGCGGAGUAGAUGCAUGUAUUUGCCACAGGACCAUAGUGAUUCUUUGGAUGACAGAGAGAAUCCUCGAAGCAUGAUGGAUAUUUCUCCUUCUACAUCUGGGGAGGGCAACCCUUACCCUAAUACUUGUCAGAUGGGAGGAAGUGCAUUUAGAUUAUCUGGAGCUGGUGACUAUGGUUCAUCUGAGUAUUAUUUAUCGGAAUCAGAGCCUGAUUCUUCAGAAACAGGGCAAAAUACGAAUGAUGAGAUGACUUCUCUUUCAGAAGAUUCGGAUGUUACGGGAUUGCAUAAAGCACAGGAACAUGGAAGCAUGAGUAGCGAGGAGCCUGAAUGUUCAGUACUCUCUGCAGAUGCAUCUCACGUACUUCCACAUGACCAUGUAUCUGAGAGUCGAGCCGUAUCCAAGUGGCAAUUAAAACGGAAGAGAAAUAUCCGGAAUCUCCCAAGAAGGCAUUUGGAUGCCACCGAUAGAAAAGCAUUAAUUGGCUCGAGUCAUCGAAUACAUCCUGUUGAAAGUGGAAACAUAUUUGGGCAAAGAUCAUCAAAGUGGGGUUCUCGUGUCCAUUACAGUGACUUAAACUAUAGUAUUGAUGAGGCUGAUGAGAAUGAAGAGUAUCUGGAAACCCAUCUCUUUAGAGACCUUGACUACCCUACUCCGAGAGUGAACUGUAGAGGUCAACAUUCUGGGAGUCCGAAAAUAAUUGAUUGUGAAGACAUGAGUUUCAGAGGGGCACGCUAUGAUCCAUUCUUAAUUGGCCGAAAUCCUCUUAGUGGGGCUAGGAGACCCGUGUUGUUUGAAGUGGAUCUAAAGGUCCAGGUGAGCUAUCAAAGAGAGCGAGUACCUAUUGUAGCUGUGACAAGCAAGUUAAAUGGGAAUUCAAUCAUUGGGCACUCCAUCCAGAUUGAAGCAAUAGAAGAUGGCUCAUCGGAUCAUCUUCUACCAUUGAAUCAUGAUAUGCCUGAGGAAGCAAUUUAUGGUAAUAGGAAGAUGGGUCUUCCCGCAGCAUGGAGGACUGCUAGGAGGACAGCCAACUUCCGGGUACCUCGUUCAAAUCCAUCAUCAGCGUUUGAUGGAGAUGAAGAUGAGGGCCUUCCAUCUGUAGAUCGAGAAAGGAAGUCCUUGAAGAGUGUAGGUGAAGGAGGUUUUAGUCAGAAAGGUUUCCUGGUGAGGAGGAGCCUUCCCCAAAUGGCUGCCCAGCAACCUAACAGGAAAAUCUCAAAGAAGUUGACAAAGAGAGUAAGCCUGUCAUCACGACAGAAAAUAAGGACUCUGUCCUCGAUUGCCAUUGAGCAGAAUUUUGGCAGUAAAUGCAUGCUUGGUCGAUCUGACAAUGGGAUGGGUGGACUGAUUGAACCGGGGUCAUCAAAACCAACUACGGUGGCUUGCAUUCCUGUGAAGUUAGUGUUCAGUAGGUUGCUUGAGAAGAUCAACAGGCCACCAUCAAAAGCAGUUGCUAACAUUUGUCGAUUGAAUGCAGAUUGUAGGGAGAAGUAGAUCUAGAGAUAUUUGUACAUUGUGUUGGAAGUUUUUAGAUAAAAGUAUAUUACAGAGCCUGCUGCGGAACACAGAAGCUCUCAGUUGCUGCCCUCACUGCCCCACUACUGCUGCCACAUCCUCGCUUUUUAAGACAUGAUAAGAGCCUACCUACACGGAACCGGGCCAUCCUUGGACGUGGUAUCCCAAAUAGAGAGGAAGGGGAGAGAGAAUUGAAAAAAAAAGAAAGGAAAAAUAAAUGCACUGCACUUUGACCAUCUAAGUAUUGGUAUCAUAGCAUUGGAAUUUAUUGAUGCUCAGGUUAGAAGCUGACCUCACAUCAUAGUAUUGGUAUUAUAGCAUUGGGAAUUUAUUAAUGCAUAUAGCAGGUGCCAUAGUGGCUUUUCUAGUUCUCCCUUCUGUUAGUUUAUCGGGGAAUAUUAUCUACAUGAGCAUGCACUGCUCUGGACUGAGCUAAAUAAUGGACUAGUGGAAGUUGCUGUUUUCAGUUAUAAUAAUUGUUAAGAGUAUGUCACGGGUGACAUUUUUCCUCUA